UGCCCGUAUUGGCUGAAUAGAAGGGAUGCAGGAGGGGAGGAGGACGAACGAGAAGGGCACCGUUCCGGACUGCAGAGUGCUGGAUGAAGACCACCCCCGUCCGCGCCAUGUCCUUUCUCCGCUCGGCGCCUGCUUUUUGGGCUCUUUUAUUUCUUUUUCCUUUGUAAAUAGGAGGCGCAAUAUAGGAUGAGCGCGGCCGGCCGGGGAGACACGCGGGAGGGGAGCCGUGCAGUCCACCGGGCCAGCUGAGCCCAGGAUGCCGCUGAGGGCGUCCAGGAACGAGCGUCACCGUCGGCUUCACUUCUUCCGGUUCUCCCGAUUCGGAACCGGGGCGGCUUCGCCUUGACUGGUCCCGGUCCGUCGGCGCCUCUUUGACGCCGCUCGCCCCCGCCCUUCCCCCUUUCUUUCCUCUUAUUUCCUGAUGCAGGGCCGAGGAGGGGGGGUGAGCCAAAGUGUGGACCGGAUAUUGGAAAAGCCAUUCUGGAUGCUGAUGCUGCUCUGAUAAUAGACGAUUAUCCGGACCGAGCGCACGAAGACGGCCGGAACCCCGUCGUGGAUUUCGAGAAGGAAGGAUCAACGAGCCGGACGGAUUUGGAACAUGUCUUUUUGACGUUUGCAUCGAGGAAGGGUGGAGGGGGGGGGGGGGUUCCCUGGAUUGAGGCGUUCUGACUUGGGAUAUUUGAGACUGUGCACUUGCAAAAAUCAAUCAGUUGGUCUUCCUGUUCGCGUCCGAGUAAGACCACUCAAAGAAGGAGCAGUCGGCCGGCUCCAUUGCAAACGGGGGGAGUGGGGUGGCUAGUCCCGAUUUGGCAGCGCCUCCGCCGUCACGUCAUCGUCCUCUGAUCUCCACGUUUCUCCACGUAGAAACCGCUCACCCCGGUCAAAGACCACAUUGCUUUCGGACGGAGCCCGUCGCUUUUUUUUUUUUGGAGGCGGGGUGGGGGGAUUCUUUUCAGGUGAGGGCGGGCUCGGAGGCUAGACGACAAACAAGUGAAUGGGAGUAGCCUGCAGGGCCCCGGCGUUAGAUCACGACCGAGCACCUCCGACGCCAAAGUCUCCUGGGAUGAGCCUCUGCUGCAUUGCGAGUCGAAACGGGCCCGAGGCUCUCUUGAUUCUUCUGCUUUGAAAACGUUUUUUUUUUUUUUUGGCAAUGUCGGCCAAAAUGAGCAGCAAGGAACCGGGCCAGUCCAACCAGUACGUGGGGCCUUACCGGCUGGAGAAGACCCUCGGGAAGGGACAGACUGGACUGGUGAAGUUGGGCGUCCACUGCAUCACCGGCCAGAAAGUUGCCAUCAAGAUCGUCAACAGAGAAAAGUUGUCUGAAUCGGUCCUCAUGAAGGUGGAGCGAGAAAUCGCAAUUCUGAAACUAAUUGAGCACCCUCACGUUCUCAAGCUGCACGAUGUCUAUGAGAAUAACAAGUAUCUAUACCUGGUGUUGGAGCACGUGUCUGGCGGAGAGCUCUUUGACUACCUGGUGAAAAAGGGCAGGCUGACCCCCAAAGAGGCCAGGAAGUUCUUCAGACAGAUCAUCUCCGCUUUGGAUUUCUGCCACAGUUACUCCAUAUGUCACAGAGACUUGAAGCCGGAAAAUCUUCUCCUGGAUGAGAAGAACAACAUCAGGAUAGCAGAUUUUGGCAUGGCCUCGUUACAGGUCGGGGACAGUCUGCUCGAAACCAGCUGUGGAUCCCCGCAUUAUGCUUGCCCUGAAGUAAUUAAGGGGGAGAAGUAUGACGGCCGCAGGGCAGACGUCUGGAGUUGUGGAGUCAUCCUUUUUGCACUACUUGUGGGCGCUUUGCCGUUCGACCACGACAACCUACGGCAGCUUCUUGAAAAGGUGAAAAGUGGAGUGUUCCACAUGCCGCACUUUAUACCACCCGACUGUCAAGCGUUGCUCAAAGGGAUGAUCGAAGUCAACCCUGACAAGAGACUCACGCUAGAAGCAAUACAGAGCCACGCCUGGUACCAGAGCGGUCGCAAUGAGCCGUGCCCCGAGCAGCCCCCUCCCCGACGCGUGUGUGUGACAAGAGUGCUAUCGCUGACCGACCUGGACCCCGACGUCUUGGAAAGCAUGUACUCUUUAGGCUGCUUCCGGGAUCGGGUCAAACUCACACGGGACCUUACAAGUGAGGAAGAGAACCAGGAAAAGAUGAUUUACUACCUCCUGUUGGACAGAAAGGAGCGCUACCCCAGCUAUGAAGAUGAAGAUUUGCCACCGAGAAAUGACGCCGACCCACCUAGGAAACGCGUGGACUCGCCCAUGUUGACCCGCCACGGCCGUUGCAGACCAGAGAGGAAGAGUCUGGAGGUUCUCAGCGUCACCGAGCAAGGCUCUCCCACGCCGCCCCGCAGGAAUCUGGACACCAAUGCGCACAGCCAAAGGUCUCGUUCAGUGAGCGGAGCCUCCACGGGUUUGUCGUCCAGUCCUCUCAGCAGUCCCAGGAGCCCCGUCUUCACUUUCAGCCGCUCGGAAGUCCCUUCGGCUUCCUCCUCUAAAGCAGCGAGCGCAGGCGCGCCUCGGCCUAUCCGCCCGGCGGCGCCCGACCCCAAAACUCAGACGCUGCCGUCAAAAGGCCCCGCCGAGCGUCCUCAUCUCAACUCCAUGAAGUCCCUCCCGCUGCAGCCCCCCGGCACUCCAUCGCCAUCCCCCUCUCCGCUGCUCUCUCCCACCCCUCGUUUUUUCAACUUCCCCACUCCGUCCGUCUUCAAGUCCAAGAAGGCCCACUCGUCGUCGUCUAACUCCUCUCCUGUGUCGCAGGUCACGCCGCAAGGCUCGCCUCUCCCCACCCCUUCGGGCACGCCUGUGCACCAAAUCCAACACCCUUGCUCCACCACCCCUCCCUCCUCUUCCUCCUCGUCCUCUUCUCCCAGAGGGGAUGGCUCCGGGGGCGCUUCUCUGUCCCUGACGCCGCCCUCCAGUCCGGGUAGCAGCGGCGGCUUGGCCUCCUCAAGCUCCGCCCACUGGCGAACCAGGCUCAACUCCUUCAAAAACAACCUGCUGGGCUCGCCGCGCUUCCAUCGCCGCAAACUCCAAGUCCCAACAUCGGAGGACAUGUCCAGUUUAACUCCAGAGUCCAGUCCAGAACUGGCAAAGAGGUCGUGGUUUGGCAAUUUCAUCAGCCUGGAGAAAGAAGAGCAGAUCUUUGUCUUAAUUCGAGACAAACCCCUCAGCUCCAUCAAGGCCGACAUUGUUCAUGCAUUUCUUUCGAUCCCUUCCCUCGGUCACAGCGUCGUGUCUCAGAACAGUUUCCGAGCAGAGUACAAGUCCUCUGGUGGCCCUUCCGUCUUCCAGAAGCCUGUCAAGUUCCAAGUCGACAUUGGUUUCUCUGAGGGAGACAAGGAGCUGGAAAGGGAGAGAGCGGAGAGGGAAGGCAGGAGAGCUCUGGGCCUAUACAGCGUCACCUUCACCCUCAUAACAGGUCCGAGUCGCAGGUUCAAGAGGGUGGUGGAGACCAUUCAAGCUCAGCUCCUGAGUACUCACGAUCAGCCUUCCGUGCAGGCGCUGGCCGAUGAGAAGAACGGCAAACCCUCCCGGCAGCCCGGCGCGCUUUCGCGUCAGAAUUCCAAGCGUUGCGAAAGCGGACCGGAGAAGGAGCGCGCGCCGGAUGCGGCCGGCGGCGGCGGCGCGAGCGGCGGCGGCGGCGUCCUCCAAAGGCAAAGCUCGGCCAAAGAAAAGACCAGACUUCUCUCCGCAACCAAUGGGACACAGUCACACCCCUGAGAAGAAGAACGCUACCCCCCCCCAAGAGGGACGGACGGAUGUCUCCUCUGUCCUCGAUUCCACCCGCAUCCUUUCAAUCAAUCCACUUUUUCUUCUUUCCGCCCGAGCAGGGACCGGAUUUUGCUCCAUCCUCUGCGGGAGAGCCGCGAGGAGAGGUCGGAAGGAAGAUUCCCACCCCUGCCCGCAUCCC